AUGGACUCAGCAGAGGCCGCCGCAUUAUCGGCUGGUGGUGGGGGAUCAGAUGGUACUCCUGGUACAUACUACGACGCUCGAUGGCUUAAUGUCCACGCUGAUGAUGGUACUUUAGCGGCGCGCGCUCGGCGUCUCAUGCUCGCUCCUAGCCGUCACUUUGACCACAUCGCCGUUAACACCAGCUAUAGCGCUGUGCUCAUGCCACCAUAUAUUAACACUGACGAUCCCGAAGUGCAGAACCAGAUAGCAUGGUCUGAGCAUUUGGAUCCACUAUUCGUUAAUAACUACGAAAUAGACCCGACACUUUCUUGGCAGUAUUACGCCUCGUCGUCCGGGUUUAUGAGAAGAUAUCCAGCUAUGUCCUGGCCACCGGAAGAUGGUUAUUCACACCACGCACGUGACUUCUACGACUUCAGAUCAUCAAAUUGGUUCGUGGAAGCAGCGACAUCACCGAAGGACUUGGUCAUCCUUCUGGACGAUUCUGACGACAUGGGAUCAUCAUAUCGAAGACUGGCGAAGAUCACAAUCUCAGCAUUAUUGGAUACCCUAGGACCUAAUGACUUUGUCAAUAUUUAUAGAUACAGUGAUACUGUAUCGGAGUUACAUCAGUGCUACACGAAGAUUUUGGCUCAGGCUGUACCGGAGUCGAUACGUGAGCUGAAAAGUGCAGUCUGGGGAGCUGAGCCGUCUGGUGGUGCAGCUAACUUAACCGGAGCUCUCACAACAGCUUUCGAAAUCCUUCAAAGGUACAAUCGAACCGGACAGGGUUGCCAGUGCAAUCAGGCGAUAGCUGUUAUAGGUGCGGGGGGAGGGGCUAGUGGGGUGAAGGGUGUGUUCCGCGCGUGGAAUUGGCCACAUAUGCCCGUGAGAAUAUUCACGUACCGCGUAGGUGGUGACGCUACUUCAGGAAGUAAUAUGAAAGACAUGGCGUGUACAAAUAAAGGUUUCCACGUGACAAUUAACGACCAUAGCGAGAUCCGGGCCAAGGUCCUUCACUUCGUAGAAGUCUUGGCGAGACCACUGGUAAUGUACCAGACGAUACACCCGGUCCACUGGAGUCCCGUUUACGUGGGAGGGAGGAGUAGCAGCUUGGACGACGACGGGAUGGGACAGCUGAUGACGUCAGUCACAGUACCUAUCUUCGACCGGAGGAACCAUACCCAAAGAGAAGCCAAUCUACUUGGUGUAGUCGGUACCGAUGUUCCCGUCGAUCAAAUAAAGAAGCUCGUAGCACCAUACAAGCUUGGAGUAAACGGUUACUCCUUCAUGGUGGAUAACAACGGGCAUGUUUUAUAUCAUCCAGAUUUGAGACCACUGUAUACAGAGACGCUGCGUCCGCUAUAUUCAAGCAUUGACCUCACAGACGUGGAGUUACUCGUCGACUCCGAUGAGAAUUCCCGUGUUAAUCUUACCUCCCUUUUACUUGACCUGCGCCACGACAUGAUAGAGCAGCGAGAGGGUGAAACAGAGAUAGGCGUAAAGGUACAAUACGACGGUAUGCGACGAGUAGCAACGCGUCGCCAGCGAUAUUUCUACAGCCCAGUGGAAGACACUCCUUAUUCCAUCGCCGCCGUGUUGCCCGAUGGCUACGGAAUGUACGAACUGCAAGCGGAGCAGGAAAUCAAGCAUAGUCCUAUAAAUAUUACAGAAUAUUUUAAGGGAGAUAACUGGAAAGUUCAUCCAGACUGGGUGUACUGCGAAUACGCUUCAACGUCAGAACAAACCUUCAACUCUCCAGAGGAGCAAUUAUUACAUUUCCUGACGCGGACGGGCCGCCCCGGCUGGAAGUGGAUGUCUUUGCGCCCGCGCGCGCUCACACUCCACAACGCGCAUAAGAAACAGGAGAGAGACUCUUAUUACUGCGAUAAAACUUUAGUUCAGUCCUUAGUCCGAGACGCAAUGGUAAUAAAAGAAUUGGACGCACAUACUGGACAUGCUAGCCACCACUCACACCCGAUAGCGACAUUAAUGGCAUUAUUGACAAGGCAAGGCCGAUUCCACAAGUUCGUGGUCACUAUGUCCUUCAUUGCAACACGGAGUGGUCUUCUGAGGUGGACCGAAAAUCUAAACACAACGAGAUCUACCGACUCUGUUGAUCCACAUUUUAGCGAGAAAUACGCGCGAUCUUUUGAUUCUGAAUGGUAUCGUCGCGCAGUAGAACAUCACUCUAUCGAGCCAGAGAGCUUUGUGUUCUCGGUGCCAUUUCGUGAUGGCUCUGAGGCAGAUGACUUCAAUGGCAAGCCGCCAUUAGUGCUCGCGACUCACGCCGUGUUUGUAGAAUCAAGGGGCCACAGGGCUCCAGCUGCGGUAGUGGGUCUGCACUUUCAACUAGAUUCGUUGGCUAAACAUUUCCUGAAUGUAACAUCAACGUGCACAGCCGGAAGUGUCUGCAAAAAGACGUGUGCUGGGGACGAACUUGACUGCUACAUUUUAGAUGAUAAUGGCUUUAUCAUUCUAUCAGAGGACGUAUCACAAACAGGACGAUUCUUCGGACAGGUGGACGGGACUAUAAUGGAUUCUUUGGUUCAAGACAAAAUCUACAAAAAAGUUAUAGUUCACGACCACCAAGGGCGGUGUCCAGAUUCCAGAAACCAAUUCAGUGGGGACGGAAAUAAGUUGGCACCAAUGAAACCGUUAUCUUGGCUCGGUGGAUAUUUAACUCGUUUGUUAGCAGUGUGGUAUCCUCUAUGGGAUUCUGUUGUUGCUCAUCCUUAUACGGAAGAUGAAAGCGAUUACGAAGACUAUGAAGGAGAAGAGGACUUAGAGCGAGACCAUGGCACGUACGAGAUCAUUAUAGACGGUGUAGGUGAUGUUAAUCAUGAGCCUAGCGCUCCGCCGCCUCACAUGCCAAGAGAACCUCCACGGGAAGCUGCAAGAUCGGCAGCUGUACGGCCUUGCGAUACUAGUGCUGAGCUCUUCACACUACAAUCGACGAGGCUAAACGCAGCACAACCGCUGAAAGGGAAACUGACUAAUUGCCAUAACUCUGGCUGCGAAAGGCCAUUCAGCGUGCAGAAGAUCCCGCACAGCAACCUGAUCCUGUUAGUAGUAGACACAUUGUGCCCAUGCGGUGCGAAAAGACUGGACGUCCGUCCUCGGGAGGCACCGCCCCGCGCUGCUUGUCGCCGCCCCCCGCGCGCCUCGCACCGCCGCAGGCCUCGCUCAUGCGUCUCUUACCACCCCGAGGAAAUCGAGAUCCAGUCCUGUGGACGCGCCGGACGAUUGGAAGCAGCAACCGCACUGUCUUGUGUUCUAUUACUGCGGCUAUGCCUCUCUUUCGUCACGUGA